CGAUAACCGUGAUAAUAUUGUAUAUUUUCAAUUUUGUUAAAUUAUUGUUUAUGCUAUGAAAAAAAAAACACCGGUUUUUAAUAUUAUUGUAAUUUGUAUUUUCUAAUAAUUAAUAAUAUAAGAAAUAACUAAUAUCGCUGUACUUCUAAUCAUAUAAAUUAUGACGAGCAUGGAGAAACUUCAACUAUUACUUGCUCGUGGCACAGGGCAUAAGAAUUUAGUCGAUGACCUUUUCAAAACAGUUGACGAUUCGUUAAAAGUUUAUAGACGAGUAGGAGUUUUUGAAAUUAUUGAUCAAUCCGAUGAACAAAGAUGCACUGAUAAUUUUCAAUGCAAUGUAGAUGGUUGUACUUCAAGUUUCACAUCAAUGGCUGAUUACGAUUCACAUUAUAAUUCAAAUCAUCGUUACACUUGCAUUUACUGUCGUAAACUAUUACAAUCUGCACAUCUCUUGGAUUUACAUUUGAGCGAAACACAUGAUAACUUUUUUAAAGUCUCCUCUGUUAAAAAACCAAUGUUCAAAUGUUUCAUUGAAACAUGUCAAACACAGUUUUGGAAUUCCGAAGAACGAAAUAUUCACUGUAGAGAAAUUCAUAAUAUGUCAAAGGGUUUCUUGCAGCAUUAUGGAAAUAAAAAAAAUCAGAAAAAUAACAAGAAAAUUAAAUAUACUGCACCACCAAAUUUAGAAUCAAUGGUAGAAUCAAGCAUGGUUAUAAAUUAAUUUAAAAAAAAGUUAAUUUACUAACAAUGUAUAGACAACAGUCUAUUUAAAUCUUUUGGAAAACUAAGUAUGAAUUACUGUCUGAAAUCAACUAAAUCACUUAAAAUAUUGUUUUAUGGGUUAUUACAUUAUACCUACUAAUUACUAAUCAAUAAAUUAAGUAAAUGAUUUGAACAAAUUGUUAUUAUAUUUUACUCCAGUGUUAACCUGGCACACCAAUAGCCCCUAGAACAUUUUUUAAGAGGCUCCAUACUUAAAAAAGUAUAAUAGCCUUGAAAAAACUAAUCAAAAUAUAAUCUAUUUAUUUUAUUUUAAACAUAAAUCAAUCAAUUUUGUAAACAUUUUUUAUUUUAUUAUUGUGCUUUGUUGCCCGUAAAAAAUGAAAUAAUUUAAUAAAUUGUGAUUGUUCAACUCCUUUUGGGGUUAACUUGCUGCAGUAAGUGUAACUCAACAUUAGAUUUGAUGCAUGCUUACACCUGAUUGCCCGAUUAACCAAUGGCAACCAAUUAUAAACAACAAUUUCUACUGUAAAUCUCAAAAUACCCGUUUGAGCUUCUCCCUGGACCAACAGGGUCCAAUUGUGAAUUUAAAUCAUCCCGAGAAACACUCAAACACACAAAACAUUUCAUAAUAAUCCGUUCAUCUGUUUAGGAAUGCAUUAAGGACAAACGGGCAGACAAAAAUUAAUUUUUAUAUAUAUAGAUAUAAAAUAAAAUAGUAGGAAAGUAUAAUAAAAACUUUUUCUUACAAAAACUCAUUUAUUAUAGGUGUUAAAUAAAAUAAGAUUAAGUGUAUAAUAUUGGUAUCAUGAAGAAUAAAACAAUUAAUUAUCCUCAUAUUUGUUUUUGUUUCAACCAAUUUUUGACUCUCAGUUAUCACAUAUUUUUCUACAAACAUUAAUGAUUUUAGGUGACAUGCCGUUUAAUGAGCUACCUUGCCUGUAUGCUCUACCGUAGAUUACGAUCUACUAAUGGUUACGGGACUCUAGUUGUAUGCACUCUACCAUGUGAUUACAAUGAUUGUAUUUAAUGUACAUACUCAAUGCCUCAAAAGAUAGAAGGUUUGUGGAGGACUAUGAAGGCUAAAAAUCAUAAAAAAAAAUAUGUGUGGUACAACUCUAUAUUUGCUUCCAAAGUAUAAUAUCAUAUACUAAUAGAAUUUUAUACAUUUAUAAAUAUAAUUAAUUAUUACAGGUAUCUUAUUGAAACAAGAUGAAAAGGAAUCAAUAAAAAGGACUCAUGUUAUGCCUUAUUAUAGGGAACAUGGCAUUAAUAUUUUAAUUUUUUGUUUUAAAUUAUUAAAUAUAUUUUAAAAGAACAACAUUUUAUAGUGUAUAUUUGUAACUUGUACAUGAUAUAUAACAAGACAACGACAAUAGCACUGUUGCUAAUAUAUUAUAUUACCUACUUAUUUAUAAUAACUUUUAGUAUUAUUUAUCUCGUCAUUAAAAUUGCUU